AUGGCUGGGGAAGGGAACUCGACAUGGCAUACAGACGACUUUGAUAGACUAUGCAUCAAGCUUGAGACCUGUCCGAUAAAAGGCCUAACUUCUGCAGUGGCCUCCAAGCGUUUGGCCUUAAAUGGCAAAAAUAAAAUGAGCUUGCCGGAGAGACCCGAAUUCAGAUGUGUGAGGUUUGCCAAGAACUGUUUUCGUGGCCUGGCUUCAAUAGUCUUUAUGGCCAUCAUUUUCAGUUUCAUUCUGUAUUAUAUGGAGCAGGAGAACCCAACCGAUCGGCAGGCUGAAUAUGAAUACCUAACGGUCACCAUUAUUUUGUUGAUAGUAUUUCUAGUGUCUGGCUUGCUUCGCUAUAUUCAGGAGAACGACGACUACCUGGUUGCCUGGGCAUUCAUGGACCUGAUGCCCAUGUACUGUACAGUUGUCCGAGACGGUCGGAUGCAGAUAAUACGCUCCGAAAAUGUCGUUGUGGGCGACAUACUGAUGAUCGCGUAUGGGGAGCGCAUUGCGGCCGAUGUUCGAAUCUUUUACUCCGAGGAUUUGGAGGUGAAUAAUGUGGCGCUCACUGGGUACUCGACGUCGGUGACCAUCAAUCCGGAUGUUAUGCAUCAAGACAAAUGGAUCUCGCGCAAUGUGGGCCUGGCCUGCAGCCAUGUCACACAGGGCUCCGGCCGGGGCCUGGUCAUUGCCUGUGGCGAUGACUCCGAGGUUGGGAUCAUGGCACGUCUGUGCAUGGAGCCACGUCCGCUGACCAGACCACGUAAGAACAUGAAGCAGGUCGGCGACACAAUACUCUCUAUAUAUGUAUAUUCUAAUUGCAAAUUUUGAUCUUCAUUUGCUCAACUUACUUCAGUUGGGCU